AUGGUCAAGAAGACCAACUCCGAUGUCACCGACUUCGACAACCAGGUGGGCAGCCUGGACAUGGCCCUCGAGCUCGACGACGAGGGGGACGUCUUCAUCACGCAGCGCGAGUUUUGGGCGCGCCUCCGGACCCGUCUCUCUGUCAACAAUGCGUCCCAGGGGCUAGACGUCCUGGACGCCAUGGCCAUGGUCGUCCUGUCGGGUGGCGACGCACGCCGCCUGAACCAGAUCCUCUUGGUCCUGCCGCACGCCGGCCAGAUGCAGGCCGGCGAGCCUGCCGAGCACUCCGUCCUGUCGAUCCCGCUGCCGCCGUUGGUGCCCACGCCAGAGUCGACGUCACCGCCACCGCGUCCAUCGAUAGGGACCAGAUCGUCGCCACGGACGUCUUCCAAGACGAGACCGCCAUCGAAGAAGAAACAGAAGGCCGCGGCCAAGAAGAAGGCCGAGGCCUACGACUUCCGGUUGCCGACGACGGCGCCCGCGCGACUGAAGAUCGACCUGGCCGCACUUGCGCAGCGCGCCUUCAGCAAGGGCCUCGCUCCGUUCCGCUUGGCGUACCCCUGGCGCAAACAGCGGUGCUGGUACCCGCCAUCCGAGUAUCCCGAGUUGCACCUCGUCCACUACCGUGCCAACUUGCGCUUCCGCGAGCUGUUUUUCCUGUGGGCGCUGUACGCGCCUUGUCUGAAUGCCGACCAGCGGCGCAAGGAGAAAAUGAAUGCGUGCCGAGCGGGGAACGAGCUCAUUAGCUACAACAUCGAGGAGCGAGUGUACUUCGGCUUUCUCGACGACUUCGAGAACGGUGCUCAUGACACGCUCAUGUGGUUGGAAGGCAGAGCGGCCAAGCACUCUGCCGGCGCGGCUAAGAGCAAGGGCGCGGCGCACGAGGACCUCGGCGUUGUCUUCGCAAAGGAAAAGAUUCUCUACGAGCGGGCCAUCGAGCGAGCUCUCGACCCCAAGAUCGUCAACGAACACGGCUACGCCUCGAUUCCGGAGCUCCUCGAGGAGGCGGAGCUCAUCGACCCCACGCGAGCGCCACACCUGCGACACUCCGACAAGGCCCUCGCUCGCAUCAAGCUCGACGUCAUCAGCGGGCCACCCCCCGUGCCUUCUUGGAAGCCCUUCAACCCCGACGAGCAGGGCUACGAUGACUCGGACUUCGAUGACGAGGACGGAGCCUUCACGGCGUUGCCUCCGACGCCCCCCGUGCAGUACCGGUCUCCCGCCGUCAAACAGGGAGCUACCACUCCGUCCAAGCCAGGUGUUCCGGUUUCUCGCUCCAGCAAGUCAGGCGAGUCUGAAGAUUCCAGCGACGACAAGAAGAAGCCGGCGGUCAAGGACGACAGCGACAAGGACAACAAGGCCCAACCCAAGACCACCAAGGCCCCCGUCGCGUCCAAAGAGACGCUGCCGGGCGACGAAGCAGACGACGACGGCGAGGUAGCGAGCGAGCCUCCGACCAAGAAGCUCAAGUCGCGUUCCGCAAGCGUCGACAAGGCCAAGUGA